AAUGUCUUAUGUAAAUGGUCAAAUUGAUGAGGCUGAAAAUGAGACGAAACAACACCGAGUGUGAUAGCGCCGGCAGGGACAACGGCAAAAGAACACAAACAACAACAACAACAACAUGCUAUAACAACAAGUUGCGGAGUGAAGCUAACAAGCGAAACACAGAGCUGUCUCUGGAAGCUGCUAGAAACGGAAAGAACCAUUCUAUAUAACGAAAGCAAAAUGUCAGACACAGGAGCGUUGAUAUCAAAUAUAACUUGGAACAAUAUCGAUACCGACCAGAAUUAUCAGGUGUGCGAUGCUGAUUCUACGUUGGAAAUAUCGACAGAAAAUUCUUUAGUUCAAGAUCAGAAUCAAAGACAACCAACGGAGAGAUUGAACAUGCUGCCUGCUUCAAACGGAUUUCCUGACUGGAAAGAAGACUUCAACAUCCAUCGGCAUUCUACGCAAGCUACCACUUCAUCUUUCUUACCACUGGAUGACCAGUAUCCAAACUACCCGGUUAUGUUCACACGGUCACAACCAUUCCCCCGUGAAUUGCAGUAUGACAGCACUCGUCCAUCGGAUGACAAACAAAAGGAAGAUAAGGCAACUUCUUUUUCUCGUGUUACAUCAAAUGUAUCUCCUGAACUUCGAUUGCAACCCGCCACGACAAAAGAACCCCGUAAUUAUGAAGAGAUUUUUCGUCGUUCGUACUGUUAUCGCACAGCUAUGAUAAACUCAACGGCUUCAACUAUUCCGUCUAAUUUCCAGCGCAAUAUUUUUGACUGUUAUUCGAAUGGAAAGACUCUCAGCGAUGCUGUUUUCUCAGGAAAUACUACCUGUGAAGAUUUCGAACCAAAUUUUUGCACCGCUUCUUUCGAUUCUGAGAAAAAUCUCCCUGGACAUGAAACUUCCGUUAUGGAUUACAGCAACGAAAAUGAGAAAGUUUAUAGUUUUCCAAGAUUCCUCAAAACCCAUAGAAAUACGAACCCUACAGGGAUUGUCAGUUAAAAUUUUUAAAUUUUGAUACCCAAACGCAGAGUUGCAAGUCUGGACAUUUUUUAAACACUAACUCUCUUCCGGAUUGCAGCCGUUUUAUGCAAAUGGAAAAUGAACCAAACGUGACCGUUUUUAGAAAUAUCUCUCAAAGACCAUUCAAUUCACAUAUGCCCAUAUCAAUUAGGAGUGGGCCCCCGGAUUGUACUCGAACACGGCAACCUAUCAUCAGAAUGGAACCAGAAUAUUCCAUAAAUGCAGAUGAAGAAUACGAAAUGGAUGGACGUACCUGUGUGAAUGUAAAUAUUGAUAAGUUACAUACGGGUGGGUUGGACAAGACGACACCGUUGUGCAGUAAUCCAGUCCCGUCAAACACCCCGCCGUCAUUAUCUUCAACAGCUGCAGCAGGAACAACACCAUCCCCUCCAUUAACGACGGCCUCUGCUUCGUCCUCGGAUUCCAAGGAGAUACCACAAAGAGAUCAAGCGAAACCGUUUCGGCAACCGUAUUUACCCUUUCAACUGGAAUUACUGGAAGCCUCUUACAAUAGGGAACGGUUUUGUUCAGGCGAAACCCGGAAAAAACUGGUCAAACGAACUGGCCUUAGUGACAAACAGAUUCGUAUUUGGUUUCAAAAUCGACGAGCAAAAUCGAAGAAAAAAGGAAACACAUUUCGACACAACUUGCCAAUUCGGAAUUGUAAAACGCUUCCUGAUUGGCUGUCAUCUAAAACAGGCGAUCACAAUGAAGACAAAGUUGAUGAUGAUGACGACGACGACAACGACGAUGAUGAUGAUGAUGAUGAUGAUGAUGAUGGUCUUAGUAGUUCGUUGGUUCCUGUUUCUUUCAAAUGUGUACAGGUUUAUCGUCCCUGGUUUCCGUUCGGGAUUGACCCGAAGCAAUUCUGCCCAGUACAUCGACAGGAAACAGCUUCCGGAAGAUCCUCUCAUUCUUGAUAUCUCUCUCUUUCUCUCUCACUGUGUCUCUGUCUGUCUGUCUGUCUGU